CGCAGCGGGAGGCGCGGGCCCCGCCGCCGCCGCCACCAUGGCGCUGAAGCCGGUGCUGGGCAAGCUGGUCAGCAAGCGGGUGGUGCUGGCGAGCGCCUCGCCGCGCCGGCAGGAGAUCCUCACCAACGCGGGUCUACGGUUUGAGGUUGUUCCAUCUUGGUUUAAGGAGACUCUUGAAAAGUCAUCUUUUGCAGCUCCUUAUGAGUAUGCCAUAGAAACAGCAAGACAGAAAGCUCUUGAAGUAGCAAACAGAAUGCAUGUAAAACACCUUAGAACUCCUGAUAUUGUUAUAGGAGCAGACACUAUUGUGACCGUGGAUGAGCAGAUCUUGGAGAAACCAGUUGAUAAGCAAGAUGCAUACAGGAUGCUGUCAAGGUUGAGUGGGAAAGAGCACAGUGUUUUCACAGGAGUGGCUAUAAUACAUUGCAGCAGUAAAGAUAAUCAGCUGGAGUUGGAAGUCACUGAUUUCUAUGAAGAGACUAAAGUGAAAUUUUCUGACCUAUCUGAAGAGCUUUUAUGGGAAUACAUUCAUAGUGGGGAGCCCAUGGACAAAGCUGGUGGUUAUGGAAUCCAGGCCCUCGGUGGAAUGCUCGUUGAGUAUGUCCAUGGAGACUUCUUGAAUGUGGUGGGAUUUCCUCUGAAUCACUUCUGCAAAAAGCUAGUAGAAUUGUACUGUCCACCUCCUAAACAUAGCAUACAACACACAAAGCAUGACUCUAUCCCUUCUGUGGACACUUUUGAGAACCUAAGUGAUGGGGAAAGUGAAUCUUCGCAUCCUGCAGGACAUAAAGGUGCUAACAAGCCGGACAAUAGURGGACACAUCAUUCAGGGCCUGCGUGCAAUUCAGAAGAGAGUUACAGUGUCAAAACUGGUUUUAUGGUACCUUUGGAAAAUCAAAAUGGAGUAYUGGAAAAUGCAGCAAAAGUUCCAUCUACAAUUCUAGAGCUGAUGGAUGGCUUUAAAGCUUCAAAGGCUUUGUUUGUAGCUUCUAAGCUGAAAGUGUUUGAUCAUCUGAAAAAGAAGGGKUCACUGAAUACUGUGGAUAUCGCAAAUGAGAUUGGAGCUUCCUUGUGCGGGACAGAAAGACUCCUUGAUGCAUGUGCUGCYCUUGGAUUGCUGAAGAAAACACCUCAGGGCUACAGUAAUACAGAUACUACAAAUACCUAUCUGACUUCAGAUGGUAAAUAUUCCCUUCAUGGCUACAUUAUGCACUGUAAUGACCACAUUUGGCCUCUCUUCACAAACCUGGAAUUUGCUGUCAAAGAAGGAGCCAGGCAGAAUCAUCGAGCCUUUGGAAAGAAAACAGAGGAUUUAUUUAAGGACUACUAUCAGAGCCAGGAGGUGAAGCAGCGCUUUAUGGCUGCCAUGCACAGCAUUGCCCACCUGACAGCAAGAGAUGUGGCUACAGCCUUUGAUCUUUCUCAGUUUAAGUCUGCCUGUGACUUAGGAGGUUGUACUGGGGCUCUGGCUCAUGAAUUAGUACAACUAUACCCAGAUCUGAAGGUCACUGUGUUUGAUCUUCCAGAAAUCAUUGCAAACACCUCUUACUUUCAGUCUUCAGGAAAAUGCACAGCUCCAGUGACAUUUAUAUCAGGUGACUUCUUCAAGGAUAACCUUCCAGAAGUAGAUCUUUACAUUCUUUCACGUGUCCUUCAUGAUUGGCCUGAUGAAAAAAUUCAUAUGCUAUUAAGCAAAAUAUCAUCUGUUUGCAAACCAGGCUGUCAUCUUUUGCUGGCUGAAAUGGUGCUGGAUGAUGAGAAGAAAAAGAGAAGCACAGCUUUGCUGCAGUCGUUGAACAUGCUUGUGCAGACAGAGGGGAAGGAGAGAAGUAGAUCUGAAUAUCGAUGUUUACUGGACCAACAUGGAUUCACAAACAUCCAAAUCAAGUUGACAGGAAAUUUGUUAGAUGUAGUUCUUUGUGUUAAGACCUAGGAGAAGCUUUAGUAAUAAAAUCUGAAUGUCUCAGUGGUCAAGCAUGAUAUUUUUCAAGUAUGCCACUGUAUUUUCAAUUUCUUAUUUCGUAGAUAAGAAAUGCUUUGUCAGCUUUCUGGAGUUUCUUUUAAAGAGAUACUGCUGGCAUUUAUUUUGAACUUACAGUAAAAUGAUGCCAGAAAACUCUAGUAUUAUUUGGUGGCAGUGAUGUUACAACUGCACAGCAGUCAUUUGCCGUCAGUUGCUUCUUCCCCAGUCUAAUAAAAGCACAAAUGGAGGAGUCUCUGUGGGAAUACCCAAGUUUAGGUUGCAUGUGCAUCCCUGCGUAUAUGUAUUUCAUUAUGUACUUCCAAAAUACUGUUUUGUAACUCUGCAGGUGUCUAGUCCUGGGUGGGCAGAGGGGUCAGUCCAGUACAUCCAUUCAAAGGCUUGGAACAUAAAAUAGCAUACAAGUGACUGUUAUCUUUUAAAGUACUACAAAGAGUAUGGUGAUGUAUUAAUACAUAGUAUCAUAUUACAUGCAAGGUAAAGUCAGUGCAGUGGACCUAUUCUUGGCACAUCCUGUUCCCACUGCACCCUGUUGGAGAGAAACUCCCAGUUUGAAAUCCAGUAAAGCACAAACACAUGUAAACAGUGGCUUUGGAUACCUCAACUACUGCACCUUGUUUACCUGCAGUCAUACUGC